UCAAGGAGUAUCGUUAGUUAAUUACUAAAAGCAAGCCGUAAAAUUUAACUUGAGCUAGCUUUCUGCUUUGGUGGUGUCGUCUCCAGCGAUCCUUCACAAAUCGCGAGCCCCCGACGCUGAGCAGAGGUGGAGUGAUGCUACCCAUGGUGGAGGGACAUGUGGCCGUGAUCUGUGUCGCAGUGGCUGCGCUCGCCCUCACCGCCGCCGCGCUGGGGAUCGUCGGCGAGGCAACAACCAAGUCCAAGUCUUUUGUCAGGUACGACGGGGAGAACUGCGUGUACCUGAAGACGCCGGCGUUCGGGUGCGGCGUCGCGGCAGCAGCCUCGCUGCUGACUGGCCAGGUCGUCCUCACCGCCGCCGCCGGAUGCUGGGGCCACUGCAGGGCGAGGUCCGACCACCGACGCGCCACCGCCGGGGUCGUCGUCGUCUUAUCUCUACUGUCAUGGUUUCUGGCAAUACUGGCGGCGUGCGCGUUCCUCGUCGGCGCUCUCAAGAACCAAAGCGGAGAGCGGCGGCCCAAGGAGGGCGUCACCACGUUGUACAGGUGCACCGUUCUCGUGGCCGGGGUGUUCGCCGGCGGCUCAUUCUUCUCCGUCGCCGCGGCGGUAGCCGGGAUCGCCUCCUAUGUCGCCCAUGAGGCGGCGGCAGGCUUCGGUCCGCCGGCGCAACCACCACCACUGUCUGAGACCGACGGCCCUCGUUGAGGCAGUCAUCAUCAUUCUUGUGAAGUGUGUGAUUCGUGUGGAUGAACAAAGGCUCACGCUGGAACAGUAUGCUGAAGGAACUUUUUUUUUUUGGCGAGAAGUGCUAAAUAGAACUUGGGCUCUUUAUUUUUUUUAUAAUAUAUAGGAUCAUGAAUUCAUCAAUUCUGUAACAGCUCAAAUAUUUCUAAAACGUGACAUGGAUCAUACAACA